AUGCAUCUUCUCUUCCUUCAGCUGUUGCUACUCCUGCCUCUAGGGAAAGCUGCAAGGCACGGGGAUGGCCGCCAGAGUCAGAAUUCUGUUUCUCUCUUGCUCCUAGAAAGGCAUCGCAGAGAGCUCUCCUUGGGCAACCAUGAGGAAGCUGAGGAGAAGCCAGAUCUGUUUGUGGCAGUGCCACACCUAAUAGGUGCCAGCACUGCAGGGGAAGGCCAGAGGCAGAGAGAAAAGAUGCUGUCCAGGUUUGGGAGAUUCUGGAAGAAGCCUGAGAGAGAGCUGCACCCACCCCAGGGCUCAGUCAGUGAGCAAUUCUUCCCUGGGACCCAGGGUCUCACUCAGCCAAAGGAUGGGAUGCCAAUGGAGAAAUCUCCUCUUCGGGAAGAAGCCAAGAAAUUCUGGCACCAUUUCAUGUUCAGAAUGAGUCCAGCUUCUCAGGGGAUCAUCCUGCCCAUCAAAAGCCAUGAAGUCCAUCGGGAGACCUGUAGGACGGUGCCCUUCAGCCAGACUAUCACCCAUGAAGACUGUGAGAAAGUGGUUGUACAGAACAACCUUUGCUUUGGAAAAUGCGGGUCUGUUCGUUUUCCUGAAGCUGCGCAGCACCCCUACACCUUCUGCUCCCACUGCCUGCCUGACAAGUUCACCACGAUGCACUUGCAGCUCAACUGCACUGGCCUGGCCCCCGUGGUCAAGCUGGUGAUGCUGGUGGAGGAGUGUCAGUGCAAGGUGAAGACAGAGCAGCAGCAUGGCCACCCCGAACAGGCUGGCUUUCAGGCAGAAUUUCACAUCCAGGAUCCCUUUAUCCCAGGACUUUCAACAUAA